UUUGCCUUUAUUUAGAAUUAGAGCGAUUCUGGGCCAUCACAAUAGUUUUUAACCUUUUAGAUCAGUAUGAAGCAAGAAAACAAGUAAUUAACUUAAAAUCUGUAAACUUUUGGCAGGGAAUUCAAAAGACUUCUGGGAGGGGAGGGGAGAGGUAAGAGUUGGGCCACACCCAGCUGUGCUCCCAGCUUAAUCCUGGCAGGGCUCUGGAGCUCAAACCCGGGACACCUGCGUGCAAGGCAAGAGUGCUCCCUGCUGAUAUUACCUCUCUGGCACCCAAUUUCAAAGCUUCUGACACCUGAAUAUUUCUUGCACUGAAUAAUCGGACAGAACAGGAACGUAAAGCCUGGCUUGACCCAGUGCGACUGAUGAGCUGAUUGCCAGCUUUCCAAUGCGACAGGAGGGUGCAAUGAGGACCAGUGUCUGCACCCGCUCUUCUGACUCAAAGUCCAGGCUGCGGCUCCCCCUUCCGCUCCGCGCGCGGACCUGCGGGAUCUGCGGGAUCUGCGGGAUCUGCGGGAUCUGCGCGCCCGCAGCGCCGCCCUGGCGGUGGGGCACGGCCACGGCGAAGGAGCCCCGACGCGGUCGGGGUCCCGGCGGCGCUCAGCCUCCCGACGCCAGGGGGCGCGCUCCCCUUCCCUUCCCUCCCCGGCCGCGGCUCCGCCCCCGCAGCGGUUGGGAUUUGAAAGUGCGGCGGGCUGCGGCCGGCGGUGUGCAGCCGUCGGCCCCGGCAUGGCGAGCCCGGCCCCCGGCGCACGGUGCCCGGUGCAAGAGCAGCGCGCCCGCUGGGAGCGCAAACGCGCCUGCACGGCCCGGGAGCUGCUGGAGACCGAGCGGCGCUACCAGGAGCAGCUGGGGCUGGUGGCCACGUACUUCGUGGCCAUUCUGAGAGCCAAGGGCACCCUGAGACCUCCUGAGCGCCAGGCCCUGUUUGGCCCCUGGGAGCACAUUUACCGCGCCAGCUUAGAACUGCUUCCCUACCUGGAAGAAGGGCACUGGGGUCCCGGCCUGGAGAGCUUCUGCCCCCACCUAGAGCUCUACACCCAGUUUGCUGCCAACGCAGAGAGGUCCCAGACCACCUUGCAGGAACAACUCAAGAAAAGCAAACGCUUCCGGAGGUUCGUACGACUUCAGGAAGGCCGCCCUGAGUUUGGGGGCCUUCAGCUCCAGGACCUGCUCCCUCUGCCUCUGCAAAGGCUCCAGCAGUAUGAAAAUCUUGUUGUUGCUUUGGCUGAAAAUACAAGUCCCAACAGCCCUGACCACCAACAGCUCACGCGGGCUGCCAGGCUGCUGAGUGAGACGGUCCAGAGAGUCCACGCCAUUGGGCAGACACACAAGAAUGACCAGCACCUCCGACGUGUCCAGGCUCUGCUCUGUGGCCGCCGGGCCAAGGGACUGACUGCAGGUCGCUGGUUCCUCCGGCAGGGCUGGCUGUUGGUGGUGCCCCCUCGGGGAGAGCCUCGGCCCCGCAUGUUUUUCCUCUUCUCUGACGUGCUCCUCAUGGCCAAACCUCGCCCCCCGUUGCACCUGCUGCAGAGUGGCACCUUCGCCUGCCGGGCGCUCUACCCCAUGGCCCAGUGUCAACUCCAAAGGGUCUUCGGCCACUCAGAGGGGCCCUGUGGAGGCUUACUCAGUCUGUCCUUUCCCCACGAGAAGCUGCUGCUCAUGUCCACGGACCGGGAGGAGCUGCAGCGCUGGCACCACAGCCUGACUCUAGCCAUCAGCAGCCAGAAGAACUAGAGGCAUUUCCUAAAUUCCGGAGUCCAGGUUACUCGGGAUAGGUCAGGGUCAGGAGCGCCAAGCAAACUUCAGUAUUAAAAUAACAAGAACAGAACUCCUCGGGGUCUGAGAAAGGGUCGUCCUGUGUUUGCCUGGGACUGAGCCCCUGCGGGCCGUCCGGCCGACUCUUCUGAAUGAGGAACCAGCGCAGACCCAACUGCACCAGCCGUGCAGCAGAGCCGAGGGUGGGACCAGAGUUCUCAAGGUUGCAGCUUUGCAAACGCGGCUAUUUUUAGGUUGUGUUGUUGUUUUUAU